AUGGAGCAAAAAUUAGAUACUCCAAUCCACUCGCUGCCCUUUUUGGAGAACUUUGUUCAGACAGCGUAUGGGCAAGCAGUUUCCCACGAUGAUGUCCUUUCUUUUCUUGAGAGUUUUAAAGGACAGUCAAUUUUUGAAGGAGUUGGUACGCAGACUGAAUUGGAGACCUACCUUAAGCAUUCAAGCGGAGGGAGCAAUGUUGAGUUAGAUCAAGUUGUCCUGGAGUAUAAGGAAGUUUUGAACAAGCAAGGAAUACCUCGAAGAGUUCCUUUAAAAUAUGGCUAUGUGAUACCAUUUCUUCCUCAAUUGGAACAACUCCUCAAUUGCAAGGAUGUGCUGGAAUGUGUUGACAAUCCUUUACCUCUUGAUGAUGAACUUUAUCGAACAGUGACUGAUGGUCUUCUUUAUAAAUAUCAUCAAGUAACAAUGGAACAUGGUCCACAAACUUUAUGCUUUAUCAUCCAUGUCGACGAUGUUGAACCAUGUCAUGCCUUGAAAUCCAAAACUGGUAAGCAUAAUGUAAGAAUGUUUUAUUGGAUUUUAGGCAAUAUUCAUCCUGAUAAAAGAUCUUCACUGAAGGCCAUUAAUCUUCUUGCAAUAGUGAAGGUAAAAGUUGUAAAAGAAUUUGGAAAUGACCACUUCCUUGAGGACUUUGUUGAGGGUAUGAAGAAAUUGGGCACAGAAGGAGUAGUCUUCAACAUACAAGGUGUUCCAAGAAGAUUUCAUGGGUUUCUGCUGUUUGCCUCUGCAGACAAUCCGGCUGCUGCCAAUCUUGGUGGUUUCAAGGAGACUAUGGCUGCUUUGAGACCAUGCCGUAUGUGCAUGGUCAAGUCUAUUGAUUUAAAUAACAGCUUUUUGGAGAAUCCUGAUCUCUUGAGGAAGUUAGAGGAACAUAAUGAACAUGUGAGGCAAGUACUUUCAUUUCAGGGUAAAAGGACAAGAAGAUCAGUACGUCAUGUGCGUGUUGUGAACAUAAAUGUUGAUGAUGAGAUUGAAGAAGCCUGUGACAUUGAUGUGGCCGAUGAAAAAUAUCUGGACCACUGGCAUCCUUCAACAAACUUUGGUGUGAAUGGCAAAAGCAUUCUCUCUGAUUGUCCAGGGUUUGAUGUGACAAAAUGCCUCGCCCAGGAUAUCAUGCAUGUGCUGGCUGAAGGUGUGGUCGAAGUGCUUUGUCGUCGUAUUUUGAAAGAUCUGUGUUUCCCUCCUCAACGUCAAGGGCGGAGAGUGACACCACUUUUAUCGCUGGACUUUGUCAACAAAUUAAUACAGAGCAAGUGUGAUUUAGGACAUUAUGAGACAAGUAGGCCUUCUGUAAUUGAAGCUUCUCAUGUGAAUGGAAAGAAACUUAGACAAAGUGCCUCUCAAAUGAUGGUUCUACUGCACUUAAUGCCGUUUAUAGUUCAUAAUAUUUGUCCUCAAGAAAAGCUUGAUCUGAUCAUUCAAUGCAUCAAGCUUGUCAAUUUGUGCAAGUCUUAUGAACAUAGUAAGAGUGAUGUCUCCACUGUGAGAAUUAUGGUGGAACAUUUUGGAAACUCUUUUGUUCAAGUUUAUCCUGAUGUGAAGAUUUUGAAGCUUCACUGCCUCGCUCAUCUGGCAAUGCAGAUCCGUCUUCUGGGCCCACUUCGACAACAAGCCUGUUACCGCUCUGAAAGCAUGCACACCAAGGUCACAUCUGUUGCACCUGUGGUCCGAUGCAAGAAAAAUAUUGCUUUCUCCUGUGCUUCAAGAUACUUGUCAGAAAGAAAUGCGGAGAUAAUGGAAGGCAAAGCAAACGGAAAUUUUCUAUAUGAAGGUGAUGUGGUUAAAGGUGCUAAAGCAAUUGUUGUGUCCAGCCUUCCCCAAAGUGAUGCCUUUUUGGAAAAGUACAGUGAACUUACAGAAAGCAGUGUACUUUUUGAAAUGAGAGAAGUUUCAAAGGCUGGAAGGAAUUGGUAUACUGGUGGAGUUGUAAUGGUGGAAAAGGCUGGUGCUGAUUCAAAAUUUGGACGAAUUCAUAAACUCUUCAUUAAUGAAGCAGGAGAGAUCAUUUUUUUGUGUAAGAGCUAUGUGACACAAUUUGUACCAGCUCUUAAGGUUACUGUAAAGUGA